AUGGCGCCGAAUGGUGAACAAGCUAGUGCGCAGGCACUGGGCAAAGAUCUUGACUGCAAAUGGGCAGAUGGAGACUUGAGACUAGGGACAAAGGCAAUUUGGAAGCUUGUUAAGAAUUGCCUCGAAGAUGAAGCCUGUAAGGGCGCCAUAGCAGAAGGUAGGAGCACCCUUGAAGAGGUUCAGGAUAGCAUGUCAGAAACCGAGCGUAGUGAGAGGUUGGGCGUGCGCAAGAAAAAAUCCGUCCCUAAGAAGGAAAAAGCCCCCCCCCCCGGAGGAGCUGGCUUAUACCCUGUACGUGAGCUUGAAGCCUUAAAUUUAGAUAGCUCCGAUGACUCCGAGGAGUCAGGAGAUGAGGUUUUAGAUACUGAGGAAGAGGCCGAAUUAGAAGAAGAGGCUGCUAGAUAUGAGGAAGAAAGAUACCACCCGGAUGGUUACGGACAAAACAGCAAAAGGUCUCAGGGACGGCAGCGUCAACCAGUCCUCUCGCAGGCUGUCCCUUCGGCGCCUCCUGCCUAUAAGAUGCAUCCGAACUCGUACUCUUUUCUCCCAGAUAGGGUAAAAAGAAAGUUGUGCCUCGCUUACCCUGUGUUUGAAGGCACUGAAGGAGGACGGGUUCAUGCACCCAUGGAAUAUAAUCAGAUAAAAGAGCUGGCAGAAUCAGUUAGAAAAUAUGGGGUUACAGCUAACUUUACUCUUGCACAACUAGAUAGACUGGCCAUGACAGCUAUGACGCCAGCCGACUGGCAGACGGUCGCGAAGGCGGCACUUGUCAGCAUGGGCCAAUACUUGGAAUGGAAAGCACUCUGGCAUGAGGCCGCCCAAGAGCAGGCCAGAUCUAAUGUGAUAGCCUUGACUCCUGAACAGCAACAAUGGACAUUUGACCUACUAACAGGCCAGGGUCAUUUUGCAGCUGAUCAAACAAACUACCAUUGGGGCGCCUAUCAACAAAUCACCAGUUCGGCCAUUAGGGCCUGGAAGGCGCUCUCCAAGAAAGGAGGGAUUGAUAAACAGCUCACUAAAAUUAUUCAAGGGACCCAAGAGCCAUUUUCUGAUUUUGUGGCCAGAAUGACCGAGGCUGCCGGUCGUAUUUUUGGUGAUUCAGAACAAGCCAUGCCUCUAAUUGAACAGCUAAUUUUUGAACAGGCCACCCAAGAAUGUCAUGCAGCUAUAGCCCCGAGGAAGAAUAAGGGAUUACAAGAUUGGCUUAGGGUCUGUAGAGAACUUGGAGGACCCCUCACUAAUGCAGGGUUAGCUGCUGCCAUCCUACAGUCUCAGAAGCGCCCCUUUAAGGGGCCUGACAUAAGAACUUGCUUUAGAUGUGGAAAAGCAGGACACCUAAGAAAAGACUGUAAAAUGUCAGAAAGAAAGAGAGAUCCACCGACUCUUUGCACUCCUUGUGGCAAAGGCUAUCAUAAGGCCACCCAGUGCCGCUCGGUGAGAGAUAUAAAGGGCAGGAUUCUCCCUCCCAUGGAAACACCAACAAGCAAGAUUCCAAAAAAUGGUGCAAUGGGCCCUCGGUCCCGGGGCCCACUAAAAUAUGGGAACAGAUCCGCCAGGGUGAUGGAUGAGGCCCCCCCGGAGAUGGAACAAGAAUGGACCUGUGUGCCGCCUCCGACUUCUUAUUAA